AAUCUGCAGCCAAGACUGCCACUUUGACCCUUGCGCUGUUUGUAGGAGUCGCGGACCCUUGUGGCUUUACGUGACCCGAUUGGAAGCAACCCCACCACCAUCAUUCCGCCGCCGCCGCCACGAAUCCCACCUCGUGAACCGACCAGAUAAAGCUGUUCCAUCCCGCACCUCCUCUUCUAUCCCCUCAAUUCCUCCCUCAACAUCCUCCUCGCACUUAUUCAUCUCUAUCCCACCAAACAACCGCCAUAAUGACCCUUCCCACCGUCUACAUUGUCUCUGCCGUCCGCACUCCCAUCGGCAGCUUCCAGGGCUCGAUUUCCUCCCUCUCGGCUACGGAAUUGGGUGCCCACGCCGUCAAGGCAGCCAUCGCAAAGGCAGGUGUCAAGCCUGAGGAUGUCGAGGAGCUUUUCCUCGGAAACGUGCUCUCGGCCAACUUGGGUCAGAACCCCGCCCGCCAGUGUGUCCUCCAAGCCGGACUUCCUCAGUCGAUUGUCGCCACAACCGUCAACAAGGUGUGCGCCUCCGGUAUGAAGGCGAUUAUCCUGGCUGCGCAAACCAUCAUGACUGGAAACGCUUCCGUCGUCGUCGCCGCCGGAACCGAAUCCAUGUCCAACGUCCCCUACUACAUCCCUACCGCCCGCGGUGGCGCCCGCUUCGGCCACAAGGAGAUUGUGGACGGUGUGUUAAAGGAUGGCCUUACCUGCGCUCAUGACAAACUUCACAUGGGCAUGGCUGCCGAGAAGUGUGCCUCGGAUUACACCUUCUCCCGCGAGGACCAAGACGAGUACGCGAUUGCAUCCUACCAGAAGGCACAGGCCGCUCAGAAGGACGGUCUCUUCAAAGACGAGAUUGCUCCUAUCGAAGUCUCCGGCGGCCGCGGAAAGCCCAACAAGGUCGUUGACACUGACGACGAGAUCUCGAACCUCAACAUCGACAAGCUGAAGGCAAUCAAACCCGCGUUCCAGCCUGGUACCGGAACCGUGACCGCCCCCAACGCUUCCCCUCUCAACGACGGUGCCUCUGCCCUCGUCCUCGUCUCUGAGGAGAAACUGAAGGAGCUUGGCCUUACCCCCCUGGCCAAGAUCAGGGGAUGGGGCGAUGCCGCUCACGCUCCCGUCGACUUCACCACUGCCCCCGCCAUUGCCAUCCCUAAGGCCAUCAAGCACGCCGGCUUGACCGCAGAGGAUGUCGACUUCUACGAGAUCAACGAGGCGUUCUCGGUUGUUGCCCUGGCCAACCUCAAGAUCCUCGGCCUCGACAAGAGUAAGGUGAACGUUCACGGUGGAGCCGUGGCCAUCGGCCACCCCCUCGGCUGCUCCGGUGCCCGGGUCGUCACCACGCUCGUCAACGUGCUGAAGCAGAAGGGCGGAAAGAUCGGUGUGGCUGGUAUCUGCAACGGUGGUGGUGGUGCCAGCGCUAUCGUCAUCGAGGCUUGCUAGGAAUUGGUGAGGGCUUCGUGGAAGGCGAUGCUCUGAUGAAGAUACCUACCUGUCCAAUUGAACCCUGGAAAUGAUAAAAAGGGAUAUGCAAGUGCUAAUAUGGGAUGUGUGUGAUGGGUUAUGACCUUUUUUCGGUUUGUUGGUACGUCUGAUAUAGUCAUGGAGUUCGGAAGCAUAUACCUAAGCGUGGGAAAUUGAGAGCAUCAGGAAGAAGCAGCAGUUGAUCCUUUAGUAAUUCAGGCCCUCCAAUGGCCCAAAUUGGCCAGAAGUUGUGAGUACUUGAGUAUAUAAAACAGAGUGAUGCCUACUCGUGCUGCGUGAGUGAAUGGGUGAGUGCAUGAGACAUUGC